UUCAGGUAAUCUUACAAACACUGCUAAGCGUGCUUUCUCAAUUCGACAUCCCCAAAUCCCUAUCUCCUUGUCUUUUUCAACCCCAAAAGUAUAGUCGUCGAUUCCCAGAACUCCAUUGCAAGAGCUCCAGUGAUCCAUAGGUGUGCCCACAAGGUAGAGAGAAGAAGAGGAAAGUAAACCAUGGCCGUAGGGGGCUAUUGGAGGCAAAGCGGUUCACUCCUCGUCCUAGCGAUCGUCGUCAUCGGAUGUCUAUCUGCACUUUCUAUUGCAAAGGAGGAGGCAACUAAAUUAGGAACUGUUAUUGGAAUUGAUCUUGGGACAACAUAUUCUUGUGUUGGCGUUUACAAGAAUGGGCAUGUUGAAAUCAUAGCGAAUGAUCAAGGAAAUCGUAUCACCCCAUCUUGGGUUGCCUUCACAGACACAGAAAGACUGAUUGGUGAGGCUGCAAAGAACCUUGCAGCUGUCAACGCUGAGAGAACAAUCUUUGAUGUGAAGAGGCUUAUUGGAAGAAAGUUUGAGGAUAAGGAGGUACAGAAGGAUAUGAAGCUGGUUCCAUACAAGAUUGUGAACAAGGAUGGUAAACCUUACAUACAAGUAAACAUCAAGGAUAGGGAAGUUAAAGUCUUCAGUCCUGAGGAAAUCAGUGCAAUGAUUCUGACAAAGAUGAAGGAGACAGCUGAAGCAUUCCUAGGAAAGAAGAUUAAGGACGCUGUUGUUACUGUUCCUGCAUACUUUAAUGAUGCUCAAAGGCAGGCUACCAAGGAUGCUGGUAUUAUUGCCGGACUUAAUGUUGCAAGAAUUAUCAAUGAACCAACUGCUGCUGCCAUUGCCUACGGACUAGACAAGAAAGGUGGUGAGAAGAACAUCCUUGUUUUUGACCUAGGUGGUGGGACAUUCGAUGUCAGUAUCUUGACCAUUGAUAACGGUGUGUUUGAGGUUCUAUCCACUAAUGGUGACACCCAUCUAGGAGGUGAGGAUUUUGAUCAGAGGGUUAUGGAAUAUUUCAUCAAACUGAUAAAGAAGAAGCACAAUAAGGACAUUAGCAAAGAUUACAGGGCUUUGGGAAAGCUCCGAAGAGAAUGUGAGCGUGCCAAGAGGGCAUUGAGCAGCCAACACCAGGUCCGAGUUGAGAUUGAAUCUCUCUUCGAUGGAACUGAUUUCUCUGAGCCAUUAACCCGUGCUCGCUUUGAGGAACUGAACAACGACCUCUUCAGGAAGACAAUGGGUCCAGUGAAGAAGGCUAUGGAUGACGCCGGAUUGGAUAAGAACCAAAUUGAUGAGAUCGUUCUUGUGGGUGGAAGUACCCGAAUUCCAAAGGUUCAACAGCUCCUCAAGGAUUUCUUUGACGGCAAGGAGCCCAACAAAGGUGUGAACCCAGAUGAAGCCGUUGCAUAUGGUGCUGCUGUACAAGGUGGAAUUCUAAGCGGAGAAGGCGGUGAUGAAACUAAAGAUAUUCUUCUGUUGGAUGUGGCCCCACUUACUCUUGGUAUUGAAACUGUCGGAGGAGUGAUGACCAAAUUAAUUCCUAGGAACACUGUGAUUCCAACAAAGAAAUCCCAAGUCUUCACUACUUACCAGGACCAGCAGACCACCGUCUCCAUCAAGGUUUAUGAAGGUGAAAGGAGUCUUACCAAGGACAACAGGCUUCUGGGGACGUUUGAUCUCUCUGGAAUUCCACCAGCUCCCAGAGGAACCCCUCAAAUUGAAGUCACAUUUGAAGUUGACGCAAAUGGAAUAUUGAAUGUUAAAGCUGAAGACAAGGCGACUGGUAAAUCAGAGAAGAUAACCAUCACCAAUGAGAAGGGACGGCUGAGUCAAGAAGAGAUCGAUCGCAUGGUUCGUGAAGCGGAAGAGUUCGCUGAGGAAGAUAAGAAAAUGAAGGAGAAGAUUGAUGCCCGCAACAGUCUCGAAACGUACGUGUACAACAUGAAGAACCAAAUCAGUGACAAGGACAAGCUUGGAGAUAAGCUCGAGUCUGAUGAGAAGGAGAAGAUUGAUACUGCAGUGAAGGAGGCCCUUGAGUGGAUAGAGGAGAACCCGACCGCUGAAAAGGAGGACUAUGAUGAAAAGCUUAAAGAGGUUGAGGCUGUUUGCAAUCCAAUUGUAUCCGCUGUAUACCAAAGAACAGGCGGUGGCCCAAGUGCCGGAGCAUCUGAAGAAGAUGAUGAUGACUCUCAUGAUGAGCUGUAGACGAACAUGGCAAUUACUAGGUGAUAUGAGUUUAGUGUAAUUUAUUAAUUUUUGGUUUUCAGAAAUUUAAGGGAAGUUAUUUCCUUUCUUAUGGUUUCCCUUCUGCCACUGUCCUUUUCUAUUCUGUUUUUUGUUUGUUUUCGGAAGUGGAUAUUGAGUACUUUUUUGUUUCGACCAUAUAACAUCAAAACCGGGUAAGAGUACUAUUUUGAAGAUAAUUGGGUUUGUGAUUUUAUUCAGGAUUUGCUGUAUUCAUGCAUCUCAAAGAUAGCAUGUGGUUUAUUAUAAGUUAUUUAUAGUAAGAAGAUUAAUCAUGAUAAUAUUUCGUUUUCCUUGCUC